CUGGCAGUGCAUAUGUACACAUCAAUAAUCAUAAUCAUGGAGAAAAUCGCCGUCAUCCCGAGUGGGCAGAUGGCCGGAAGCUCGUCGGCAGCCCGUAUCGUCCGCACAGAAUUAACGGUGUCACUGAUCGAAUUGUGGCGGUGAUACUCGGCAGCGGACUAAGAAUGAAGAGUGAUUUCUUGUUUUUCCUGGGAUGUCUGUUCUGUGUUUCACACGCAGGCCGGCGACGGAAAGUGUGUCGAGGACUUCAAGACCCGGAUUAUGUGAAUUACUCCAACAUCCGCCGAUUUAAAGGCUGCACAAAAAUUAACGGAAAUAUUAUAAUCAAUGAUGCGACAUUCCACGGGGAUCCUUAUCUGAAUUUGAUGGGGCUACAUCCAGAUGCUUUGAAUGUGUUCAGGGACGUCCAGGACAUUACUGGUUUUCUAGUCGUACAAGGCAAUCAUCCCGACUUUACAAACCUAUCAUACUUCAAGAAUCUCAUUCGAAUACGUGGCAAGAAAACAUUAAUGAAAAAUUCAUUGACAAUUGCAUUUACAACAUUAAAAUACCUUGGUUUGACGUCAUUGAAAUCAAUACAAAGAGGAAAUGUAAUGAUUGCCAGCAACAGAGACUUGUGUUAUGUGGACAGUGUAGAAUUCCGAAGAUUUUUCAGGAGGUCAAGAAAGAAGCGACAAAAAGCCAUUGUCAAAAGGAACAAGUCUGUGCUAAACUGUGUUUCAGAGAAUGCUGUCUGCAGCUUACGGUGUUCAACGGACGGCUGCUGGGGGCCAGGGUAUCGAUUUUGUGUUAAAGUUGACAGCAGAUUUAGCAAUUUAAUAGACGACAUGUUACAGACACAGUUUUUACACACGUGACGAAAGAUGACGUGUAAUGCCGUGACGACCACAUGGCUUUACCGUGAAGUUUACGUCACAUCCGGUCUACCGCAUGAGAUUACUGGUCCACUGCCGUUUACAUUUGUUGUUGGUGUUAGUGUUAUAUUAAAUGUUUUGAAUUA